AUGGAAAGUCAUUUCUUAUUAUUGAAGAAUUCUGAAAUCUUACAGGAAAUUGUUUUUCAACUUCACAGAUCUCUUUCGAAACAAAUUCUAUUUUUAGCUAAGCUUCCUUCAAAAGCUUCAAUAUUUCUGCUUUUAAUUAAUGAAGUUCAUACAGCGAAUACUGUAGCUACGAGUAAGGCUAAGAAUAAAAUGAAUUAUGGAGAUGGAGACAUCCUUAAAAGUUGA